UAUAACCUCGUUUCGCUUAUUAUUCAUUGAAUUUUGAGUUUUAUACGUUUUGAAUAGUUUGUUUUGGCUUGGUUAUUUGUAAUAAACAGGAAAAUAGCAGAAAGAGCUGCAAGUGCAGUAGGUUAGGAAAAGAAAGAUCCAGAAAUUAAAGAUUUCUGUUAUAUUACUAAUACCAAUUUUACACCCAAGAGUUAGGCUAUGGCGGAUGCUGCAGCUAGACAGCUUCAGUAUGAAUACAAGGCUAAUUCAAAUCUUGUACUACAAGCUGAUGUUCGGCUUAUUGAGAGGAGGAGCAGAGAUGAAGCUACUGGAGAAGUUAUGUCUCUUGUGGGAAAAUUAUCCAGUACUAAAAUGGGUGAUAAAGCUCAAAGAACCAAGCCAGGCAAAGCCGAAGAGAGAAAAGUCAAACGUCAAAAAAGAGAUGAAGCUCAAUAUGAUUUUGCCAGAAUGAAAGGGGCUACCCUUUUAUCAGAAGGUGUAGAUGAAAUGGUUGGCAUUAUUUAUAAACCCAAAACUCAGGAAACAAGGCAAACUUAUGAAGUGCUUCUUAGUUUUUUACAAGAAGCUUUAGGUGAUCAGCCUAGAGAUAUCAUUUGUGGAGCAGCUGACGAAGUUCUGUCAGUGUUAAAGAAUGAUAGAUUAAAAGAAAGAGAAAAGAAAAAGGAAACAGAACAGCUAAUAGGCUCAAUACCUGAAGAAAGAUUUGCCCUCUUGGUAAACUUGGGGAAAAAAAUAACUGAUUUUGGUACAGAUGAAAUGAAAAUUAAUUCCGCUGAAGAAAACAUAGACGAAACCUAUGGAAUUAACGUUCAAUUUGAAGAAUCAGAAGAAGAGGAUGAUGAAGACAUGUAUGGUGAAGUACGUGAUGAAUUUGAUGAAGAAGAGGGCGAAGAAGCUAAAGAAGACGGAGCAAUUCAUGCCGAAAAUCUUGGUGUUAGUGUGGAAGAAAUGAAAAAGGAAAAAGCAUUGCAUCCUAUGGAUAUUGAUGCUUAUUGGUUGCAGAGAAAAUUGUCUAAAAUUUACGACGACGCCAUGAUUUCACAAGCAAAAGCUGCUGAAGUAUUAAACGUUUUAAGGGAUGCCGGUGAUGAUAGAGAGUUAGAAAACCAGUUAGUACUGCUGUUAGGAUAUGACUGCUUUGAUUUUAUAAAAUUAUUGAAGAAGAACCGUAAAAUGAUAUUAUAUUGUACUUUACUUGCAAAAUCUCAAAGUGAGUCUGAACGACAGAAACUAAAGGAAAAAAUGGCAGAAGAUCAGACUUUGAAAAAGAUAUUAAGGCUUCUAGAAACAGGAAAAGGCGAUGAAGAAAAUGCAGAUGAUGACACGUCAUCAAGAUCGCGUAAAAGAAAACAACACAGUAGUGAUGAAGAAGACGUCGACGACGAUGACGAAAAGAAAAAGGUUGCCGGAAAUAGAAAACUUGUCGACUUUGAAGAUUUGGUGUUUUCCCAAGGUUCACAUUUUAUGGCGAAUAAGAGAUGUCAGUUACCUGAUGGGUCUUUCAGGAAACAGAGAAAAGGGUAUGAGGAAGUUCAUGUUCCUGCUUUAAAACCAAAACCUUUUGGCGAUAACGAAAAGCUACAACCCAUUGAUCAACUGCCGAAAUAUGUACAGCCAGUGUUUGAUGGCUUCAAAACAUUAAAUAGGAUACAAAGUAGACUAUGUAAGGCCGCAUUGGAUACCGAUGAGAACAUUUUGUUGUGUGCUCCAACUGGUGCCGGUAAAACUAAUGUUGCUCUGCUAACAAUGAUGAGAGAAAUAGGAAAACACAUAAAUCCAGAUGGCACCAUAAACGCCGACGAAUUUAAAAUUAUCUACAUUGCGCCCAUGAGGUCAUUAGUACAGGAAAUGGUGGGUAAUUUUGGCAAGAGACUGGCCAGCUAUAAUAUGACCGUGCAUGAACUAACUGGUGAUCAUCAACUAACUAGAGAACAAAUUGCUGAAGCUCAAGUUAUAGUUUGUACACCGGAAAAGUGGGAUAUCAUCACAAGAAAAGGUGGAGAGAAAACAUUUACCUCUCUAGUCCGACUGAUUAUUAUUGAUGAAAUUCACCUGUUACAUGACGAGAGAGGUCCGGUCCUCGAAGCUCUUGUUGCGAGAACUAUAAGAAUGAUCGAAUCAACACAAGAGGAGGUAAGAUUGGUCGGUCUCUCGGCCACGUUGCCGAACUACCAAGAUGUCGCCACGUUUUUGAGAGUCAACCCCGAUACUGGUCUUUUCUAUUUUGAUAACAGUUUUAGACCUGUUGCUCUGGAGCAACAGUACAUCGGUGUGACCGAGAAAAAAGCUACUAAGCGCUGUCAGAUUAUGAACGAAAUUGUUUAUGAAAAGACUAUGGAACAUGCUGGGAAAAAUCAGGUGCUCAUCUUCGUGCAUUCUCGUAAUGAGACAGGUAAAACUGCGAGAGCAAUUAGAGAUAUGUGCUUAGAAAAAGACACAUUGGGUCAGUUCUUAAGAGAAGGAUCUGCAUCUAUGGAAGUUCUAAGGACCGAAGCAGAACAAGUUAAAAAUAACGAACUUAAAGAUCUUCUUCCGUAUGGAUUUGCAAUUCAUCAUGCUGGUAUGACCAGAGUUGACAGAACGCUUGUUGAGGAUUUGUUUGCUGAUAGGCAUAUACAGGUGCUAGUUUCUACUGCUACCUUGGCGUGGGGUGUAAACUUGCCCGCGCACACGGUUAUUAUUAAAGGUACGCAAAUAUAUGAUCCUACUAAAGGAAGAUGGGUUGAACUAGGAGCAUUAGAUGUUCUGCAGAUGUUAGGUCGUGCAGGAAGACCACAAUACGAUACCAAGGGUGAAGGUAUUUUAAUAACCAACCACAGCGAACUUCAGUAUUACCUCUCGCUUCUCAACCAACAAUUACCCAUCGAAUCUCAACUCAUAACGAAAUUACCAGACAUGCUCAACGCGGAAAUUGUGUUGGGAACCGUUCAAAACCUUAGAGAUGCAGUUACCUGGCUAGGUUAUACUUAUCUAUACAUCAGAAUGAUGCGAGCUCCAACUUUGUACGGAAUAUCGCAUGAUCAAAUAAAACACGACAGAUUACUGGAACAACAUAGAGCUGAUCUCAUUCACACUGCUGCUCUUUAUUUGGAUAGAAGUGGAUUAGUUAAAUAUGAUAGGAAAACAGGUCAAUUCCAAGGCACCGAGUUAGGACGUAUAGCUUCACAGUACUAUUGCACCUACGAAACUAUGGCGACUUAUAACCAGCUGCUCAAGCCUUAUCUGAGCGAUAUCGAUCUGUUUAGAGUGUUUUCUUUAUCUGGAGAGUUUAAAAAUAUUGCCGUGAGGGAAGGAGAGCCCGGGGAAUUGCAAAAACUAAUGGAGAGAGUACCUAUACCCAUUAAGGAGAGUAUUGAGGAACCUAGUGCGAAAGUAAAUGUGCUUUUGCAAGCGUACAUUUCCCAAUUAAAGUUGGAAAGUUUUGCCCUGAUGUCCGAUAUGGUUUAUGUUACUCAAUCAGCGUCCAGGCUUAUCAGAGCUAUUUUUGAAAUAGUAUUACACAGGGGCUGGGCUCAACUAGCUGAUAAAGUUUUAACCCUAUGCAAAAUGGUAGAUAAGAGGAUGUGGCAAUCUAUGUCGCCACUUAGGCAAUUCAAAAAAAUGCCUGAAGAAAUCGUUAAAAAAAUUGAGAAAAAAUACUUUCCAUGGGAAAGACUUUACGACCUUGGACCUAACGAAAUUGGAGAACUGAUUAGGGUACCCAAAUUGGGCAAAACGAUUCAUAAAUAUGUCCACCAAUUUCCGAAAUUGGAGCUGUCUACUCACAUCCAGCCGAUCACUAGAUCCAUGCUUAAAGUAGAACUAACUAUUACACCAGAUUUUCAGUGGGAUGAAAAGUUGCACGGACACGCAGAAGCCUUUUGGAUUUUCGUAGAGGAUGUCGAUUCUGAAGUUAUUUUGCAUCACGAAUUUUUCUUGUUAAAGCAGAAAUAUUUCCAAGAUGAGCAUUUAGUUAAAUUUUUUGUGCCGAUUUAUGAACCUUUGGCACCACAUUAUUUCUUAAGGAUCGUGUCUGAUAGAUGGAUUGGUGCUGAAACACAAUUACCAGUGUCAUUCAAACAUCUUAUACUUCCCGAAAAGAACUUCCCGCCAACAGAACUUCUCGAUCUACAGCCUCUGCCUAUAACUGCAUUAAGAAACGAAACUUAUGAGUCUCUAUAUAAUAAAAAGUUCCCGCAAUUUAAUCCUAUUCAAACUCAGGUAUUCAAUACGGUUUACAAUGGCGAUGAAAACGUAUUUAUCGGAGCUCCUACUGGCUCAGGAAAAACUACAAUAGCGGAGUUUGCUAUUCUGCGAUUAUUUGAUAGAAAUCCUGAAGGAAAAUGUGUAUAUUUGGUAGCCAGAGACGCUUUAGCUGAUUUGGUGUUUGCUGACUGGGAUGCUAAAUUUGGGAAAAAAACUUUAGGAAAGAAAGUAGUACAAUUGACAGGUGAGACCGGUACUGAUCUUAAGUUGCUCGCCAAAGGUCAAAUAGUUAUCACGACUGCGGAAAAAUGGGAUGUGUUAUCCAGGAGGUGGAAACAAAGAAAAAACGUUCAAAAUGUCAACUUAUUCAUCGUAGAUGAGCUGCAUUUGAUUGGAGGCGAGGACGGUCCCGUCAUCGAAGUUGUUUGUUCACGUAUGAGGUAUAUAUCUUCCCAAAUCGAAGAACCCAUCCGCAUAAUCGCUCUCAGUGCAUCCUUAACGGACUAUAAAGAUGUGGCUCAAUGGCUUGGUUGUAGUGCCAAUGCCACUUUUAACUUUCACCCAAGCGUGAGACCAGUACCUCUAGAACUACAUGUUCAAGGCUUUAACUUGACUCAUAACGCGUCUAGGCUUAUUGCCAUGGGAAAACCGGCUUACAAUGCUAUUAAUCGACACAGCCCACAUAAGCCGGUUAUAAUAUUUGUUCCGACAAGAAAGCAGGCUAGGUUGACUGCUAUUGAUCUGCUUACAUACGCUGCUGCAGAAAAUCAACCCAAUAAAUUCUUCCAUGCUGACGAAGAAGAUAUUAAGCCGUUCUUGGACAGAAUGACGGAUAAGACACUAAAAGAAACUUUAUCUCAAGGAGUAGCCUACAUGCACGAAGGUCUAAAUGCCUCAGAUUUGCGUUUAGUUGAGCAGGUAUUCGACUCAGGAGCAGUACAGGUUGCAGUAGUAACCCGAGAUUUGUGUUGGGCUGUUAAUAUUUUUGCAUAUUUGGUUAUUAUUAUGGACACACAAUUCUUUAAUGGAAAAAAUCAUGCCUACGAAGAUUAUCCUAUUACUGACGUAUUACAAAUGGUAGGCAGAGCGAAUAGACCCUUAGAAGAUGAUGAUGCUAAAUGUAUUCUGAUGUGUCAGUCAUCAAGGAAAGAUUUCUUUAAAAAAUUCUUAAGCGAUCCUUUGCCAGUCGAGAGUCACUUGGACCACAGACUGCAUGAUCAUUUUAACGCCGAAAUUGUCACAAAAACCAUAGAAAAUAAGCAUGACGCCGUCGAUUAUGUGACGUGGACAUUCUUAUACAGACGCCUUCCACAGAAUCCAAACUAUUACAAUCUACAAGGAGUUACCUAUCGACAUUUAUCAGAUCAUUUAUCAGAAUUAGUGGAAAAUACGUUGUCCGAUUUGGAGCAGUCCAAGUGUAUAAGCAUUGAAGAUGAGAUGGAUUGUGUUCCUUUAAAUUUGGGGAUGAUUGCUGCAUAUUAUUACAUUAAUUAUACAACUAUUGAACUUUUUAGCUUAUCACUAAACAGCAAGACGAAAAUCAGAGGCUUGCUUGAAAUUAUCUCAUCAGCUGCUGAAUAUGAAGACAUUCCUGUAAGGCACCGUGAGGAUAAUAUUUUAAGGCAGUUGGCUCAGAAGCUGCCAAAUAAACUAACUUCACCAUCAGGCGGUCAACCUCGAUUUAAUGAUCCACAUGUUAAAACGAAUUUGUUAUUACAAGCUCAUCUUUGCAGACUACAGUUAGGUGCCGAGCUUCAGGGCGAUACCGAAGUGGUACUGGCCAAAGCUAUUCGACUUAUUCAGGCGUGUGUCGAUGUAUUAAGUUCAAACGGCUGGUUAUCACCAGCAGUGGCAGCCAUGGAGCUCGCUCAGAUGGUCACACAAGCUAUGUGGAGCAAAGAUUCGUACUUGAAACAGUUACCACAUUUCAACUCUGACAUUAUUAAGAGGUGUACAGAAAAGAACGUGGAAACUGUCUUCGAUAUCAUGGAGUUGGAGGAUGAAGAUCGUCAAAAACUUUUAAGCCUAACUGAAGCUCAAAUGGCGGAUGUUGCCAAGUUUUGUAACAGAUACCCCAAUAUUGAGCUUACAUAUGAAGUUCUGGAUAAGGACAGAAUUCAUUCUGGCUCAUCGGUACAUAUUGCCGUACAAUUGGAAAGAGAGGACGAAGUGAAUGGACCAGUUAUUGCACCAUUUUUCCCUCAGAAACGUGAAGAAGGCUGGUGGGUAGUAAUUGGAGAUCCUAGGACAAACUCAUUGUUAUCAAUCAAAAGGCUCACUCUACAGCAGAAAGCCCGAGUAAAAUUAGACUUCGUAGCACCAAGUCCCGGUCAUCACAGUUACGCCUUAUAUUUCAUGAGCGACGCCUACUUAGGAUGCGAUCAAGAAUACAAAUUUUCCAUUGAUGUUGGGGAUUUCGAGUCGAGCGCUAGUGAUUCCGAUUAAAUUAGUGUAGAUUUAACUGUAUUUGUAUCUUCAUUAUUCAUUCUGUUUUAGACUUUUUGUGAAGUAAUAGUGAGUUUUCAAGUUAUAUUUCUAUAAAUAAUAAAAUAUAAUUAAUUGUAAUAGUA